UUCAAAAUGAACAUCCAUAAAGAGAAAGAAGAAGAAAACCUCACUGUGUAUAUAUACCAGAUACUUUGAUGUGGGGGAACACAAAGCAGCAACGAUGGGUGUUUUCUUUGACUUGUGGUUCUUCAGUGCCAUUUUUCUCUUCGGGAUUCCAAGAGAUCGAUGUGCAGAUAUAAUUGGAGGGAAAGAAUCGAAACCACACUCAAGACCUUACAUGGCCUUAAUCAAAGGACGCCAGAUCUGUGGAGGAACGUUGAUCAAACCCAACUGGGUGUUAACAGCAGCCCAUUGUCUGGAGAAAACUCCCACAGUUGUUCUUGGAGCUCAUUCAUUUGCUAAACAUGAGGAUACCCAGCAGAUAUUUAGGGUUGUUAGACAAAUUGCUCACCCAUGCUAUGAUGAGACGACAAAAGAACAUGACCUUAUGCUUCUGCAGCUUAAUGGAACAGCAAAGAUUAACAAAGAUGUGAGAACCAUUAAGCUUACCAAAAAGGGCGAUGAUCUCAAGGCAGGAACCAAGUGUCAUGUAGCUGGAUGGGGAAUUACUCAAAACAGACAGAAGAAGCCAUCUGAUACCCUGCGUGAAGUUGACGUCACCGUCAUUGACAGAAAAAUAUGCAAUGAUGGCUAUAAUCGUCCUAUUGUGACAAUGACUAUGGUGUGCGCUGGAGACAAGAAGGGAGGAAAGGAUGCGUGUGUGGGUGACUCGGGUGGUCCUUUGAUAUGUAACGGGGAACAAAAAGCCACUGUAUCCUUUGGUGGAAAAUCAGCAUGUGGUGAUAAACGUCAACCUGGCGUCUAUACUCUUCUCACAAAGAAGCAUAUCUCCUGGAUACAAAAGACGAUUGGAGGCAACCUAUAGAUGGUUGGUUUGAUUUUGUGAUUCUCUCUCCAAAUACCCGUUGAUCUGGCUUU